AAAUACUGUAGGAAAAGUACAGUUAUAGACACGCCCGAGGGAACUGCCGUAUCGCUACAGAGGCCAAUAACCCCAGGAAAGGCACGAACCAAUCAGCAGCUAAUGUAGGCGGGGCGACACUAACUGUGCAGAGUGUGAUUGGUCCGCAUGGCUCCCGCCCAUGUUUCUAGGCAACCCGGAAUUAAGUACGUAACUAUAGAGUAUGACGCGAACCUAGGGCUCGUCCUUGGCCGGAAGUAGGUGGGGCGCGCAGAGCUCUGUUUAUCGCUGGUUUUGGCGGACGUGACGUCUUGGCGGAGGGUCUCGGUGCGGAAGUGUUUUUGAGUGCCAGGGGCGUCCUGAGACGUAGAACAAAGUGUCCUCCAGACCAGAGUCUGCGGCUCCCAUUUCAGUUGCCGCCGUCACAUUUUCUGUCCUUGGAGAAGUUGUCGGCUCAGAGAUGAGUUGGGCUAAUGCCGCCGGUCAUGUCCCAUCAAGUUCUCGGGAGUUUAUGAUGAAACCUGAACAGAGAGCUGGGCCGACUCAUUGAUAUUCCCAUCGACUGAAGGACUUUGUGCUGUACACUCUGCUGCCCUCUAUAUACACAAAUAUUUUACUUCAAGAAACUUUGAGAUGAAACUUCUAGAGAAUUCACAUUUUGAAGCUGUGAACUCCCAGCUGUGUGUGGAAACAGGAGAUGCUCACAUUAUAGGCCGGAUAGAGAGUUACUCGUGCAAGAUGGCGGGGGACGAUAAGCACAUGUUUAAGCAGUUCUGCCAGGAGGGGCAGCCGCAUGUUCUUGAAGCUCUUUCACCCCCCCAGACUGGGAUCAGCCCCAGCAGACUAGGGAAGAGUCAGGGUGCUGAUGAGGAGGGGCCCCUGAGUGACAAGUGCAGCAGGAAAACCUUAUUCUACCUCAUUGCCACUCUCAACGAAUCCUUCAGACCAGACUAUGACUUCAGUGCUGCGCGGGCACACGAGUUCAGCCGGGAACCCAGCCUCAAUUGGGUGGUGAAUGCUGUGAAUAGCAGCCUUGUGUCUGCAUUGGGGGACGACUUUACCUCUCUGAGGCCCAAUCUGUGGGAUGCGGUGGAUGAAGAGAUUAAUUUGUCAGAAUGUGACAUCUACAGUUACAAUCCAGACCUUGAUUGUGACCCUUUUGGGGAGGACGGGAAUUUAUGGUCCUUUAAUUAUUUCUUCUACAACAAGAAACUGAAGAGAAUAGUGUUUUUUUCGUGCCGUUCCAUCAGGCCACAGCUCAUGUGCAUCUGACCAUGAUGGAGGCUCCAAUGCUCUACGUGACUCCAGUGCUGUCGGCUUCUCUUUGCUUCCGGGGGCUUCUUCUCCGUGUCUCGCUCUGGUUUCCCACCCUCUGUAUUUGGACCAUUACACAGGAUUUUCACUUUUUUAUCGAGGCGGAACUCGGCCUUUUUUAAGCUUUUGGGUUAUUUUCUCACAGUUUUUCUGUCUGGGAAUUCCCUGCUGUGUCCCAUCCUGUUCCGUUUCUCAGGAGUUCUGACCCAUCCCACCCAGCAUUUAGGACACUUAGUUCAUGGUUUUGGGCUUUAUCGCAUUACUUACCUAUGACCCUUGAUACAGCCCCCCUCCCAUUGUUUUGCAGGGUACCCCAGAAAUUCCUGCAGCAAUUCUGCCCUUGAGUAUAUAGUUGAGCUGCCAUUGGGGUGUAUAAUGAGCAGAUUGUGUAUGUGUGAGUGUGUGUCAGGGCAGGUAUGUACCCCCUGUACCCUAUCUAUAUCCGACUGUAGCCCAUCAGAGCUCAUACACCCAACAUAAUGGUAAAGUUUGGUUCUGUCCUGAGCCGCUUUGUAUAUCUGGUAUUGGCUGUGCACUGAUGUAUUAUUUCAUUUCUGUUUUUGUAUAUAUUGGGGGUUUUGGGGUCCCUUCUUAACCUGUUUGCUUUGAGCAGCUUCUCUACAAAGGGCCUAUCCCCGCAGUGUAAGUCACAAGACCAUUAUUUAACCCGUAACGGGAGGGGAAAUCACUUAACACCAAAGAGAGGGUCGAGAUUUAGCAGCCCUGCUUGCUUGUCUGGGCAAAGAGCCAUUUUGCAUGGAGUAAGUCUAUUGAAGCAUUUCAUCUUUUUUCUCUUGGGAGGAACAACGCAUGGAGCCAUCACAAAGGAUUUGUUCCUUCUCUCCUCUCUCUGGGAGUUACAAAGGGAGCUGUAUGGGGCAGAGAUCAAGGGAAAACCAACAUAUUCUGUGGCUCUUCAGUCACACAGAAACUCAACCAAAGGGAUCUCUAGAGACCCCACCAAAACCAACACAGAAUUGAACAUUUGUUACUUUCCCUGCCAAUCUAUGGCACCCACAAGAAAGGAGAAAGAGUUGCCCAUUUGUACCAUCACCACGGCAGCAAUUUAGUUCUACUACAAGUUUUGUCCAGCUGUUGGUCUUCCAGUGAUGCUUUUGGUAAAAAGUCCUACUCCAUAUUCACAUGAGGGAACCCUUUUAUUUCUCUUUGUCUCGUCCGUGGCUGCAUCCACUGGUCCGUUCCUGAUGGAAACCUGACCUGGUGCUGCUCUUGCCCUUUCCUUAUGUAAAGGAAGUUCAACUAGGAAAGGGACUGAUGCGGUGACUAGUCGGUCAGGGAUAAUGUUUGGGUGAAGACCCUAAGCCUUGUCAUGGUGAGCACAUUAUGUGAGAUCUGCAUGGGAAGCUCUUCUAGUGCUCUAUGAGCUACAGACCAUGGAAUGUGAAGGGCAUGGACUGGGUCCUCCUUCCUAACUUGCCUACAACAGGGAUUGUCUCCAAUGUGUCAGGACUGUGUCCUCCUCCUCCUAACUGGCUUACAACAGGGACUGUCUACUAGAAAAGGGACACUCUCCUCUUGCUUGGGACUGCUCUGUUGAUAUGGGGGGGGGUUAACCCAACAUGGACUCUGCUACUUGUGACUGCUCUGUUGGCUGACUUGUGAUGUUUUUAUCUCUUUUAUUUGAAGAUGUUCUGUUGUUCAUUAUAUUAAAGUUUUCUUUUCAAAA